AUGGAGAUCACAGAAUUUACUAAAUGCUUUGUUAGCAAACGUUACUGCUGGGUGUGCUACGCAAGUGACGAGGAUGAUGAAACUGCACCCUGGGUGAAGCCUUGCAAGUGCAGAGGAACUACAAAAUGGGUUCACCAGUCGUGUUUGCAGCGAUGGGUGGACGAGAAACAGAAGGGUAAUUCGACGGUGAAAGUGAAUUGUCCUCAAUGUGGGGUCGAGUAUUUCAUUGCCUUUCCAAAUAUGGGCCAGCUGAUGCUGUUCCUGGACAGAGUAGAUGCCUUCAUAUAUAAAGUCUGUCCAUUUGUGGCUGCGGGGGUGGUGGUUGGAUCAAUCUACUGGACAGCUGUUACCUACGGAGCCAUUACAGUUAUGCAGGUCGUAGGAUACCAGGAGGGCAUGGCCUUGAUGGAACAGGCUGAUCCUUUGGUCCUGUUGGUUGGGUUGCCCACCAUACCUAUCUUCCUGAUCCUAGGCAAGAUGGUUCGCUGGGAGGACAAGGUCCUGCGGCUAAUACGCAUGUCAGUACAGAGGCUCCCUUUCCUGAAAUAUCUUCUGCCAGCAUUUAGGUAUGAGGAACUAUCAGAUGUUAGUACAACUGCAGUAAUCAGUGAUCCUGUAAAUGCCACUAGGGUGUUGUGUGGUGCGCUCUCAUUGCCAACACUCGCCACCAUAGUUGGGCGUCUGUUCUUUCCCUCGGCUCAGGACAACCUUACGAGAACUUUGCUGGGAGGGGCAUCCUUCCUGGUGGUAAAGGGCCUGUUCAAAGUGUACUACAAGCAGCAGCAGCACGUGAUGCAGAGCCGGCGGAAGAUCAUAGAUUACCCCCAGGAGCCGGCCACGCCCCAGACACAGCCCCCUACCCCACAGGCCCCGCCCCCCACUCCACAGGACCCUCCCCAGGUGGAGCCAGUGCCUACGACACUUUCUCCUUCCUCGGGCUUUGAGAUGGAGCAACAGUACCUGCGGCAGCAUCAACAAUAGGAGCUGUUCUUUGGUUUAUUUCUGCUGUUAGGAAUGUGUGAUAUGGUUAGUG